GGAAUUCUGGUGAAGCUUGCACAACAGAAUCCAGUGCACAAAAUAGAGAAGAUAAACAAGAACAUAAGAACACAGAAAGGCAUGAGAAGGAGCAACAACACAUCGCUGGACACAGUGGUGACUGAUUUCAUUCUCCUGGGCUUGCCUCAUCCCCCCAAGCUCAGAACUCUCCUCUUCCUGGUCUUCUUCAUCAUUUACGUCCUGACUCAGCUGGGGAACCUGCUCAUUCUGCUCACCGUGUGGGCUGACCCCAAGCUCCAUGCCCGCCCGAUGUACAUCCUUCUGGGUGUGCUCUCAUUCCUGGACAUGUGGCUCUCCUCCGUCAUCGUUCCUCGAAUUAUUUUAAACUUCACUCCGGUCAGCAAGACCAUCUCAUUUGGUGGCUGUGUGGCUCAGCUGUAUUUCUUUCACUUCCUAGGCAGCACUCAGUGCUUCCUCUACACCUUGAUGGCCUAUGACAGGUACCUCGCAAUAUGCCAGCCCCUGCGCUACCCUGUGCUCAUGGAUGGGAGGUUUUGCACCAUCCUCGUGUCUGGAGCUUGGGUGGCCGGCUCCAUCCAUGGGUCUAUCGAGGCCACUCUGACCUUCCGCCUGCCCUAUUGUGGACCCAAUCAGGUGGAUUAUUUUUUCUGUGAUAUUCCUCCAGUGUUGAGACUGGCCUGUGCUGACACAUCGGUCAAUGAGCUUGUGACCUUUGUGGACAUCGGGGUAGUGGCCGCCAGUUGCUUCAUGCUGAUUCUGCUGUCCUAUGCCAACAUAGUCCGCGCCAUCCUGAAGAUACGCACUGCCGAUGGGAGGCGCCGGGCCUUCUCCACCUGUGGCUCCCACCUAACCGUGGUCACGGUCUACUAUGUCCCCUGUAUUUUUAUCUACCUUCGAGCAGGCUCCCAGAGCCCCCUGGAUGGGGCAGUGGCUGUGUUCUACACCGUGGUCACACCUUUACUGAACCCCCUCAUCUACACCCUGAGGAACCAGGACGUGAAGUCUGCUCUGAAGAGGAUAGCAGCGGGUCGAGGGAGUGUGAAUGAAAAACAGUGAGCACAGGCUCGGCAGCCACCUCAUCACCUCCCUACCACUGUGUGCAGGGGCUGCUGCAUGGGACAAAUGCUCAAUAAGCUAGUCAUAACUUAG